GCAGUAUGAGAUGUACACUAUUGAGCGGAAUGCUGAAAGGACAGCGUCUGCGGGCAGGCUGCUCUAUGACAUGUUUGUGAAUUUUCCAGACCAACCUGCUGUAUGGAGGGAGAUAAGUGUUAUUACAUCAGCAUUAAGGAAUGACUCACAGGACAAGCAGACACAAUUUUUAAGAGGAUUAUUUGAAACCCUUCCUGGUCGGGUCCAGUGUGAAAUGUUACUGAAGGCCACAGAGCAGUGUUUUAACACAUUAGAAAGGGCAGAAAUGCUACUACUACUUCUGCGACGUUUCCCAGAGACUGUGGUGCAACACGGGGUAGGCCUUGGAGAAACUUUAUUAGAUGCUGAAAGUAUUGAAGACCAAGAAUCCCCAGUGAAUUGUUUUAGAAAAUUAUUUGUUUGUGACGUUCUUCCUCUAAUAAUUAACAACCCUGAUGUUCGACUUCCUGCCAGCUUGUUAUAUAAGUAUCUGAAUAAAGCAGCGGAAUUUUAUAUUAACUAUGUAACUAGAUCGACACAGACAGAAAGCCAAUAUCAAGGUUCACAAGAUUCCUCUGAUAUUAUGUCUCCAAGCAAGCGUAGCUCUCAGAAAUAUGUAAUUGAUGGUCUCACAGAGAAAUCAUCCCAGAUUACAGAUCCUUGGGAGAGGCUAUUUAAAAUAUUGUCUGUGGUGGGAAUGAGGUGUGAAUGGCAAAUGGAUAAGGGAAGAAGAAGUUUUGGUGAUAUUUUGCAUCGAAUGAAAGACCUCUGCAGAUACAUCAGUAACUUUGAUAGUGAUGCACAUGCUAAAUAUAAGAAUCAAGUAGUGUAUUCCACGAUGUUGGUCUUCUUUAAAAAUGCAUUCCAGUAUGUCAGCAACAUCCAGCCAUCACUCUUUCAAGGUCCAAAUGCUCCAAACCAAGCCCCACUGGUUCUUCUCGAGGAUGUGACCAACAUCUAUGGCGAUACAGAUAUUGAUCGUAACAAACACAUACACAAAAAGAGGAAACUUGCUGAAGGAAGAGAAAAAACAAUGCAGAGCUCAGAUGAUGAGGAUCCUUCUGGGAAGGCACGAAGUCGCCAUAUUACAGUAAACAAGGCAGAUCUUGCAAACUCUAUUGAAGUAUUAGAGAGCUUUAAACUGGCAAGAGAGAGCUGGGAGCUGCUCUAUUCUCUGGAAUCACUCGACAAAGAGUUCACCAGAAUUUGUUUGUCAUGGAAGACAGACACCUGGCUUUGGUUAAGAAUCUUUCUUACAGACAUGAUCAUCUACCAGGGGCAGUACAAAAAAGCAAUUAGCAGCCUACAUCACUUGGCAGCUCUUCAGGGCUCUCAUUCUCCACAGCAAAUUACAGGACAAGGAUCACUAGAAAAUCAGAGAGCACUAAUCCAGUUAGCAACAUGCCACUUUGCCCUUGGAGAAUAUCGGCAAACAUGUGAAAAAGUGCUUGACCUCAUGUGCUGCAUUUUACUUCCAAUACAAGAAGGAGGUAAAGUACAAGAGGAGCAACCUAAAGUAAAGUCUAAGUUCAGGAAAGGGUCUGAUCUGAAACUUUGGCCGUGUACCAGUAGAGCUAUCAUGCCUUACUGCCUUCACCUAUUGUUAGCUUGUUUCAAGCUCAGAGCUUUCACAGACAGCAGAGAUGAUAUGGCGCUGGGCCACGUAGUUGUUCUGCUUCAGCAUGAGUGGCCAAGGGGUGAGAACUUGUUCCUGAAAGCCAUCAACAAAAUCUGCCAACAAGGAAACUUCCAGUAUGAGAAUUUUUUCAACUAUGUCACAAAUAUUGAUAUGUUGGAGGAAUUUGCUUAUUUAAGAACACAGGAAGGAGGGAAAAUUCAUCUGGAACUGCUGCCAAAUCAAGCAAUGUUGAUCAACUGUUACAUGACACACAUCUUCAAAAGCGCUGCUGGCUUGCUCAGUAGCUGUAGGUUGCAUAUUCUCCUUUAGGUUGUAAUUGACCAUAGCACUUGGCUGCUAGCUAUGUUUAAGACAGUGAAGAUGGAAAACAGGGCUUAUCCCAUAACCUCUGGAUAUGCUGGAGUGUUUUCAGUGCAGUUUUGCUUCACUCAGCCUAGCUCAUCAAUGAAUUGCCCAGUAGUCUGCAGGCUAGUCUCUUCUUUGCCUUUUCCAUGUGUUACAGAGGUCUCUACUGUUUUGCAGAGAAGUCUCUUCUCAAAUGCUGGACUUGCUGAUUUAAGUGAAGGUGGGGUGGUAUUGUUGGUGAGGGUAAUUCCCAGACUUUUCCCUUUCUCGUUUCCAGCAUCUCUGGAUUGGCGUAGAUGCCCUCACCCUUUAUUUUUUUUUAUUUCCUUUCUGUCUUUCAGUGUGCUUGCUGGGUUCGGUCCAGCUCUUCCCUUCUUACCCAUGAUUCAGGACUUGUCUCAACGUUAGCAUUAUGCUUUUCUCUCUAAUUUAAUUUAUGCUGCUCCUUUAGUAGUGCUAGGGCUCUCAUUUCAAGGUGUAUCUUUUGCGUCCCUUCCCAGCUAGGGCUUGCAGGUAGAUGUUACAAAGUCUAGAUCUUACUUAACCAGUUCUGGACCAGUGCAAGUAAAGUGUAGUGCUUUAGUGCUGCAGAACAUUGUUUUAAGGACAAGAUUUAGGUAUUGAGUGCUACAGGCCAGCAUGAGGACAAAGAACUGUUCAUAAGAACGGCCUUUAGCAGGGCAAUAGCCCAAGAGUUUCCCCAGCCAGCAUUGCUUUAGCUUGCUCAGUAGCUGGACCUUUGUUCUGUUUGAAAAUAAGUCCUGAACUUCUGCUCAGAAUAAAUGUAAUCCCUGCCUGGCGUCUAGCAUCUCUACAAGAGCCGGCUUCUACUGACGCAGACUCACAGCCUGGCUUGAUUUGGGCUUUGUGUUGGCCUGUGAAGUGUUCAUUGCACCUUUCAUUAGUCAAAGAGUUAUCAGUGCCCACAGGAUUAUAUAGCUCCUUCCUGCACUUUCCUACUGGUACAGGAUGCCCUCUGCUCUUUAUGGUGGCAGCCAUCUGUCCCCUUCCUCCAGAGAAAGCAGGUUCAUCUUUUCACUCUUCUUUCAACCCGAACCAUUUAUAGAAGUGAUUAUAACGAGGAAGUGGCCUGGGCAGCAAAGGUAGAGAGAAAAGAAAAAUUCCUUUCCCCAAGCAAGGAGAAUUCUGUACGUGCUGGGUUAAGCGAACAGUUCUUCCUGUUAGCCAGAACAGCAACUUUUUUUUUCCCCCCAACAGUCAUAAUCAAAGCAGUGAGAGCAUAGAGUUUUGUGGAACUUGCAACUGUUGAGAGACUUGUAAGCUACUAAACACAUGAUUUUUAAAAAAUAGCAUAGCACAGGCUAUUUGGCUCUCCUUAUAUAAACUUGGGUAUGGACAGUAGAUACAUAGUAAGUGACAUGCAGCACCUUUUAAAUUACUGUAGUGCACCAAAUAACCGUUCUUUGAUUUUGUCUGUCUCU